CAUCAUUCCUGACAGGAAAAAAGAUCUUUGUAAGUAGACAAAAAGGCAACAGAUCAUAAGCUGAACAGCAAAUUUAGAAUUUAUGCUGGGCUUGAUUAUUUUAUGCAUCUUGCAUAUGCAAUACAGAAACUGCAUCCUGCAACAGAAGGGGGAAAAACCCCACCAGUCACCUGCCUAAAAGUUCAAUGCUGUGUCAGACUCAUUUCACCAUGGUUUUGGUAACCGCUGGCAGGCUCUAGUGUGGCAGGGAGGAGGGCCCAACCUAACGUGACCUCCUCUGGUUCCACGGAGUAAACCUACGGUGACAGCGCUGCUGCAAAAUAUUACUGGUCACAGCAGGAAUCGCCCUGAGUUCAUCCCCAUGUGAAGGCUGGAACAAAGUUCUGACAAAAUGUGCGGUCCAAAAAGUAAAUCAUUGGUAUUUCUUGGACUGUUUUUCAACUGCCUGAAAAUGAGCUCUUCAGCUAACACAGGUUUCUCUUUGUCUAUAUAUGAUGUGACAUCAAGAAGCGUUUAUCUCAGAUGGCCCAAGUGUUCAGGAGCCUCAUCUUACAGAGUCACAGCUACAGCUAUGAAUACUGUAGGACAUUCAUUACUGGCUCGUUUUAGUGAUGUUACACUUAAAGGAACUCUAACUUCAUUAAUUCCCAAUACUAUGUAUGCUAUACAAGCAGAAGCCAUUGACAAGAAUGGAAUUAUUCUUGCAGAAACACAAAUUAUGUGGUCAACAGCUCCAGACAUACCUGUUAUUGACCAAGCUUAUUCAAAACUUAGCAACAGUAUCACAGUGGAAUGGAGAGCGGUACCUGGGGCUACUAGUUAUCUGCUGUCUGCACAAGAUGGAGAUUCCUUCAUUGAAACUGUAGUUACAAAUUCUCCAGGCACAGUGACGGGACUGAAACCUGCCACCUUGUACAGGAUCACUAUCAGAUCUAUAAAUUCAGGAGGAAAAAGCCAGCCUUCACCUUUCAGAAAAGCAAAAACAGUCCUGGCUGCUCCAAUUUUGUUUGUUAGUUCUCCAAGUUGUGACUCCAUUGCAGUGAGCUGGAAAGCUGUGUAUAUGGCAGCUGGAUUCUCUGUGUCCCUCAUGAGAUCAGAUGGCUUGGGCAGAAUGCUGAAGGAGAACACCACCAAUACAUCCUUGAUAUUUACAAAUCUAGACCCAGGAACUCUCUAUACUAUCAAGGCAUAUGCCUGGAAUGUCAAUGGGAUACCUGGAGAUGAUUUCACAUAUAACCAAAGAACAAGUCCUAAUGCACCAGCGGAUGUUCAAGUAGCUUUUAAUAGUGGUGCUUUAAAAGCUAUUGUUUCUUGGAUGCCAACAGAAGGAGCUCUAACUUACAGCGUGACAGCCUCCAGUGGACUUUUGAAACUGAAGUGUAACACAUCUUCUGCCUCCUGUGUGAUGCCAUCUCUUCAGUGCAGCUCUGUUUCUGUCACAGCAUACAAUGAUGCUGGAUCCAGUAAGCCUACCAAUGCAGUAAGCUUAAAAACUAUUCCUUGUGCACCGGUAAAUCUAUCAAUUGAAGAGGAUGAACCUGGCCACUUGUUAGUAUCAUGGUCUAGCGUCAAUUUUGGUCAUUAUUAUGUGGUUUUUGUGAAGAGUGAUGAUGGCUUGGAAGUGCACUGCAACACAUCACAUACUCAAUGCCAUUUCCAGUCAGACUGUGGCUUCACUUAUUUCAUUAGUGUCUUUGCGUAUAACAAGGCAAGGCAGAGUCCUUUAGGUGAUUUAUUCAAUUACACCACUGCACCUUGUUGCCCCAGCGACGUCAGGGCCGCGUUCGUGUCGAGCGACACCAUGCAGAUCACCUGGGCUCCUGUCCGAGGUGCUGAACUGUACGAAAGGAGAGCCAUUGCCUGGAGCAGCGCCGUGCUCUGCAACGACACCGCCCCGGCCUGCACCUUAUCUGCCCUGCAGUGCAACACCUGGUAUAAUGUCACAGUUUAUUCUUUCAGUGAGGCCAGAGGCAGCAACACGUCGUGUGCAUCUAAGUACCUGGCAACAGCUCCCUGCAGUCCUGAAAUUAAAAAUAUCUCAAAGGAGGCUCUUUCUGUAAUCAGUGUGCACUGGCAACCUACCAAUGAAGAAGCUACCUAUAUUGUCACUGCCAGAGGAGAGGCUGGGCUUUGGCAUUGCACAAGCUCUGGAAAUUCUUGUACCCUAGUUAACCUUCCCUGUGGAUCUGCUUUCUCUGUUAGUGCUAUAGCAAGAUCACCAGCAGGACAGAGCUUACCAAGCUACAGUGUCCCUUUGGAGACAGCUCCUUGUUGCCCUAAUGACCUGAUACUAACUCAAGUGACACAGUCUGUAACAAAUAUCAGCUGGUCUGUUGGGAUGGGUGCAGAGACAUAUGUAACAACACUGUCUCCAAAAGGACAAACAAAGUGUCACAGUCUUCAAAACUACUGUCUCCUGGGAUGCAUCACAUGCAGCACCAACUAUACAGUAUCUCUGAAAGCAAUCAGCGAAACGGGCUUGACAUCCACUUGCACAUAUCAAGGAUAUUCUUCCAGUGCUUGCUGCCCAUCCAGGGUGAAGCUACAUAGACUCGGCAAUAACAGCAUCAGGGUAUACUGGCAAGCUUCUGAUGAAACGAUAAACUACAAUACUGAUUUACGUGGCUCAAAAGGCAAUUUCACCUGUACCCCUAGUUCAGGUCUAAGUCACUGUGGCAUCGCUGAGAUACCUUGUGGGGAUGUCUACACAGUGGUAGUGUCUCCAGUUACAGAUAAGGGGCCAAAGCUUACAUUUUGUCCAAAAAAAAUAUAUUCAGUAACCUGUUCUGGAAGCUCUGGUGGAAUGGUGAUUUAUAGAGGAAAGAGCAAUGCAGGACAGCAUUUCUAG